AUGCAUUUCUUUAUUCUUUAUGCUCCAAGCUUUGCUGUGCCAGCAUUCUCAGUACAGGAUUCGACUGUCUCUUGCCUCUCCUCGAGUCUGCAGCCUUGGUCAGCCAACCUGCCUACGGCCACUUCAAAUGGAAAAUUACUCACUUCCAAGCUUGCCUCUGGAGCCAUGACAACUGCUUUGCAUAGCAACAUGACAAAAGCUGGCAUUUCUCACUCGAUUCGUGCAACACAGGCCUCUAUGACGAGUGAGGCUUCAUCACAGCAAUUACGACCACUUGUUGGAGCAAGCAGUCAGAGCCACCGUUUUACCAAUUCAGACGCCCAUUCGAAAGGAAAUGCCAGCAACAGCUGCACUUGCUCCAGCUCCGAUAGGUCGCGUAGAUUAUCCAUGCGUUCUAAGGUCGCUCAGUCGCGCUCGCAAAUGUCGGACAUGAAUGUUGGUCCUGGCGAUGCUGGAUCUUCUGUAGAGCCAACGUCUCAUCGGUCAAGUCUACUUAAUCCCUCGUUGGGUCAUGCUUCCAAUUCGAUUAGCUCUUCUACCGGUCUUUCAUUAACCUCAACACUUCCAACGUUUUGUCCAUCUCCCAGACGGCUGGCCGGGCUGACCUGUAAGCUGAUCCAGCUUGCUUCAGCUCCAUCUGCUUCGCCUGCCGGUGAUCUGCCGGCGUUUGCAAAGACUUUCUCGGUCAGCAUAGACUCGGCUGACGAGAUGUCCUCUUCUUCUACACUCCUUGGACUUCCUCGUUCCUCGAUGCAUGCUCAAAUCGAUGACAAAUCACUUACAGUUGAUAAUGAAACAUCAAGCGAUGAGGCUCAACACUUUUUCCAGCCCAGCAUUCGCAGCAUCACAACUCGCUACAUGUCCCGACAGGCGGAUACUUCAAACAAUGAGUCUACAGCAACAGGUUUAAGUGAUCAAGAUUCUUCAUUAUCCUCUUCCACUAGUUCUAAUCGUUUUCCCUUCAAAUCAGCCACACUUCAAGCAUCACCGGCAUCUUCGAAGCGUGGCUCGACAACUCAGCUAAAGACAGCAUCGCAGGCGCGUACGAAGACUUUACACCCUUCCUCGUCGGCAUUUCUCUCUUCAUGUCUUUCGCCGUCAUUUGAUUUUUCUUCUCUUCCGUCACCUCAUCCUGGAACCUCUUUGCUAAUAAAGCGACCAUCUUGUUUAGCCUCUCCCAGUUACACUAGACAGCAGACGGCAGCAUCUUCUUCUAAAUUCUCCUCGGAGUUGCCGGAAGAAUUAGAACUCUAUGCAUCGAAGCAGCAGUGUAGACUAUCGAAUUUCGGUUUGGAGGAGAAGAACUGGUCACUUCGACGCUCUUCAUUAAACGACAGGUCUGUCAGGGCUUAG